GUAGAAGCUUACUAAUUAAAAAAAAAACCAUUCCUUUUUGGAAGAUAAAUUCUAGGAAAGUAGCGACUCAAUAGUCAAGAGAAUGAAAGCAAAGAACAACAAAGUUAUUUGACACCACACACUCGUAUGCAUAAAUACGCAAAACCCCAAAGAACUUCUUCAACUUCUCUCCUCAACUUUUAAGUAUUCCACACAUACAAACACACACACACACUUGACUUUUCUCAUAUAAUUUCGACAGCUCGUGAAGGACAAAGACAUGGAGCCUUCUCGGAGGAGAAUGACCAGAGACAUGUUGCUUCUAAUCGUAACGAUGGCAUGGCUCGUAACCGGAGACGAAGGAGGCAUAAAGCAAGAGGAGCGACUGUUUAAUCUUGGGAAGCUUGAGAUGUUCGUUGACAAGCUUCCUCAUAUACCAACACUUCAUGGCUACCACUUCGUCAAUGGCUUCCUCAAACCCAAAUCUCUUCACAUAGGCAUGUUCUUCAAGAAAUGGAAAUUCCACAGAGACUUGCCUGCCACGCCAGUGUUCGCAUAUGGUACAUCAAAGCGUUCAGCAACAGUUCCUGGACCAACAAUAGAAGCUGUUUAUGGCGUCGACACCUACGUGACGUGGCGAAAUCACCUCCCUUUACAUCAUAUCCUCCCUUGGGACCCAACAAUCUCUCCGGCAAUCCCUAAACACGGCGGCAUUCCCACGGUGGUUCACUUGCACGGAGGUAUCCACGAACCAACUAGCGAUGGAAAUGCAGAUUCAUGGUUCACCGCUGGUUUCAAAGAAACUGGUUCCAAAUGGACCAAAAAGACUACACAUUACGUCAACAAGCAACAACCUGGAAACAUGUGGUACCAUGACCACGCGGCAGGGUUGACCAGAGUCAACCUUCUUGCCGGUUUGUUAGGCUCUUACAUUCUCCGUCAUAGCUCAGUCGAAUCGCCUCUUCGGUUACCUACCGGACGCGAAUUCGAUCGUCCUUUGGUCAUCUUUGACCGAUCUUUUCGUAAAGAUGGUUCCAUUUACAUGAACGCUACAGGGAACAAUCCAACGAUUCAUCCACAAUGGCAGCCAGAGUAUUUCGGCGACGCCAUCAUUGUGAACGGUAAAGCAUGGCCGAGAUUAACCGUCCGCCGCCGGAAAUAUAGAUUUCGAAUCACAAACGCUAGUAACGCAAGGUUCUUCCGGUUCUUCUUCUCCAACGGUCUCGACUUCAUUGUCGUUGGUUCCGAUUCCGCUUAUCUAGCGAAACCAGUAUCGACCAAAUCUGUUCUCCUAGCUCCGUCGGAGAUUGUCGACGUACUCGUUGACUUUUCAAAGUCAACAUCGAAAACGGCAAUUCUUGCCAACAAUGCACCUUAUCCUUACCCGUCGGGAGAUCCCGUCACGGAAGAGAACAGCAAAGUCAUGAAGUUUAUAAUCAACUACAAAUCAGAAGUUGACACGUCGAUUAUUCCGAAGAAGCUAAUUGAAUACCCUCCUGCUCAUGUAUCAACCUCCACACGUACACGUUACAUUGCUAUGUUCGAGUAUGUGUCAAGCAUUGACGAGCCAACACAUCUAUACAUCAACGGUCUGCCUUACAACGCUCCCGUAACCGAAACUCCAAAAAUCGGCACAAGCGAGGUGUGGGAAGUGAUAAACUUAACCGAGGAUAACCAUCCGUUGCACAUUCACUUGGGAUUGUUUAAAGUAUUGGAGCAAACGGCAUUGGUGAAGAGUGAGGAGUUCAUAGAGUGCAUGACUAAAAGAAACGAUGCCGUCAAGUGUGAGAUUAGCAAAUACGCACGAGGGAACAAGACCGCGGUUACGGUACACGAGCGGGGAUGGAAAAACGUAUUCAAGAUGAUGCCGGGACAUGUAACGAAGAUACUCGUUAGAUUUUCUUACAUUCACUCAAACGAAUCUUACUCCUUUGACGCAACUCAAGAGCCAGGCUAUGUUUACCACUGUCACAUAUUGGACCAUGAAGACAAUAUGAUGAUGAGGCCCUUUGCAAUGGUGCUAUAAUUCUAAAACGAAAACAAUUUACAAUUACGAGUGCAGAAUACAAACGAGUUGAUAUAGAUUGAGAUUUCAGAUUACAUAAAUAUCUUAUACAGAAAGUGUUAAAAGAUAAUUCGAUUGGAUUGAUGUUAUAUCUCUAUCAUUGUUUUUCACUUGGCCUCGGAGAUUAGAAGCAGCUUGUUAAUGGGCUUUUAACAGUUACGGGCUUUAACGGGCCCAAUAACAAAACUCUUUUGCUUCUUAUAUGAUUUUGGAGUAGAUGGUAAGUGAGAUAGGGAAGUGGUGAGUGAAAUUAGAAAAUUCCUCGUAUACAAAGUCCUAACCACCAGUCAAAUUCAAUUGAAUGCUCCCAUGUUUCUCCCUUAUCUGUUCCUGAACCUACACUCUUUAAUUUCAUGGUUUCCUAUUUUCUCUUAAUUUGUUUAUUUUCAUGUCAUAUUCGGAAGCUUCAGAUAUUUUAUCAAAUAAUGCAUCCAAAU